ACCCGUCCACUCCAUCUCUCUCUUCUGUGCCUCCAUUGAUGUGAAUCGACGCUUGCAUUCGAACCGCGCACGCCCGUCCAUCUCUCUCGACUGGCGCCGGUGGUAAUGCUUGUCCCACGGCACUGCUUCUCUUAGUCACGCGCGCAGUCUCCGCACCACAACAUGCCCACCGAGGAUGAGGUCGCACCGCUUGCGGCCCACACGGUCCCCUCCUUAUCGCACCUCCUCUUCUCCUCUUGUCCCCCCGAAGAAACGCGAGAGGCGCAUGCGCCGCGCGAAACGAGAAUCGACAGUCCGGUCCCCAACUCUUCGCUGAGGUUACCAGAGGGCGUGGACGCCAUUCGUCCGGGCACGGAUGAGGCACCGGAGGUGCGGCCUGACGCAGCCGUCGAGACCACGCCACGUGAAGAAACAACCGGCCAAGGGGGAGAUGCAAAGAUUGUCGCAGACUCGCCAAGCCCUGUUGGGUCGCCGGAAGUAAGCCAGGAUCCUGAUAUGCGGCUGGCGCAAUCACUGGCAAGCACAGCGUUGGGUGGCACAAGCGAUGAAGCGGCAAGCUACGCCUUGUACCCUUCGCGGACUCGACUGAAGCCAUCCCCAAACUCUACCUCAUCCUACUUACAUCCCGGGAGCAAAUUUGAAGGAAAACAGAAGUCCGACCGGCAAGAGUACGUUGUGCAGGUCGAAAUCAAAGAUGUCGAUCUGUCGGAGUCUACGCUGUGCGGAUAUCUGCGCAUCCAAGGUCUCACGGACGACCACCCAACUUUGACCACGUUCUUCGAAGGGGAGAUUAUCGGCCCCAAAUACCCCUUCAAAACUCAGCAUCCCUCGUGGAACUCGUCCGAGAAGAUCGACUUUCAACACUGGGCGCGCUUCAAUGCCUGGGUGCCGCUGGCCAAGGACGCCAAAGCCUCCUCCACCUUCACCCUCCAAAAUUACUUGGAACGCGAACACCUGUUCAUGCGAUGGAAGGAAUACUUCCUGGUUCCCGACCAUCGAGUCAAGAGCAUUAGCGGGGCGAGCUUUGAAGGGUUCUACUACAUCUGCUUCAACCAACGCACGGGCAACGUGCUGGGCAUCUAUUUCCACGCCAAGAGCGAGAAGUAUCAGCAGCUUGAGCUGGAUCAUGUGCCGAACGGCGGGUGCAUGAGUGCAAUGGAAUUCCGAUAAGAAGCGUGGAGGGUUGGCAGCUGCCAUUACGGAUUGUUACGAUGAUUUGAGCUUCUGUGAUAGCGUUCGGGCGUUUGAGGCUUCGACAAUGUAUACGCUGGGAGGGCAA